GGGAGCCUGGGUUUUAUGGUCUGGGGAUGGGAAUGCCGCUCUCAGCCAGCGGAUCUCCUGAAGGCUCUGGACUUCCACACCUUGCCGGAUGGGAUAACGAAGACCACGGGAUUCUGCGCCACGCGACGAUCCUCCAAGGUCCCGGAUGUCGCCUACCGAGUCACCAAAGACGCUCAGCUCAGCGCGCCCACCAAGCAGCUGUACCCUGCCUCUGCAUUUCCCGAGGACUUCUCCAUCCUGACCACUGUGAAAGCCAAGAAAGGCAGCCAGGCCUUCUUGGUCUCCAUCUACAACGAGCAGGGCAUCCAGCAGAUCGGCCUGGAGAUGGGCCGCUCGCCUGUCUUCCUCUAUGAGGACCACACCGGGAAGCCCGGGCCCGAGCAGUACCCACUCUUCAGGGGCAUCAACCUGUCGGAUGGCAAGUGGCACAGAAUUGCUCUCAGUGUCCACAAGAAGAACGUCACCUUAAUCCUGGACUGUAAAAAGAGGACCACGAAGUUCCUCGACCGCAGCGACCAUCCCAUCAUAGAUGUCAACGGCAUCAUUGUGUUCGGCACUCGGAUCCUGGACGAGGAAGUAUUUGAGGGUGACAUCCAGCAGUUGCUCUUCGUCUCAGACCACCGGGCAGCUUACGAUUACUGCGAGCACUACAGUCCUGACUGUGACUCCGCGGUCCCCGACACUCCGCAGUCUCAGGACCCCAACCCGGAUGAAUACUACCCAGAUGGAGAGGGCGACGGUGAGACUUAUUACUACGAGUACCCUUACUACGAGGACUCGGAGGACCUGGGGAAGGAGCCCGCCCCGACCAGUAAGCCAGUGGAAGCUGCGAGAGAAACCACAGAGAUCCCCGAGGAGCUGACCCCGUCCCCCACGGCCGCCUCUGCCAUGCCCGGUGUGGUGCCCGAGACCAGCGAGGGGGCCGGCGGGGAGGAGGACCCGGGCAUCGGGGACUACGAGUACGUGCCCAUCGACGACUACUACACGCCUUCCCCGUACGAGGACCUCAGCUAUGGCGAGGGCCCGCACAACCCCGAUCAGCCCACUGACCCCAACGUGGGCACCGGAGUCCCCACCAGCACCACGGCCGCCUCCAGCGCCUCCAACGGUUCCAACCCAGCUCUGUCCCCAGGGGAGGGGGAGGAUGACCCGGAGGGCGAGUUCGCCGAGGAAACCAUCAAGAACCUGGACGAGAACUACUAUGACCCUUACUUCGACCCCGGCUCCGACCCCAACGGCUCCCCGUCGGAGAUUGGGCCAGGCAUGCCCGCGAACCAGGACACCAUCUAUGAAGGGAUCGGAGGACCCCGGGGUGAGAAAGGUCAGAAGGGAGAGCCAGCCAUCAUCGAGCCAGGGAUGCUCAUCGAGGGGCCGCCCGGCCCGGAAGGACCCGCUGGUCUUCCAGGACCUCCAGGAACUACGGGUCCCACCGGCCAAGUGGGUGACCCUGGAGAGAGGGGUCCCCCCGGACGUCCUGGCCUUCCUGGGGCCGAUGGCCUGCCUGGCCCGCCGGGAACCAUGCUCAUGCUUCCGUUCCGCUUUGGAGGCGGUGGGGAUGCGGGCUCCAAAGGCCCCAUGGUCUCCGCCCAGGAGUCUCAGGCCCAGGCCAUCCUCCAGCAGGCCAGGCUGGCGUUGCGGGGCCCAGCUGGCCCGAUGGGCUUGACAGGGAGACCUGGCCCCAUGGGCCCUCCUGGCAACGGAGGUCUGAAGGGCGAGCCGGGCGACAUGGGGCCUCAGGGUCCCCGAGGCGUGCAGGGCCCACCCGGCCCAUCAGGGAAGCCCGGAAGACGGGGCAGGGCUGGGAGUGACGGAGCGAGAGGUAUGCCUGGACAAACAGGCCCCAAGGGCGACCGUGGCUUUGACGGCCUGGCCGGGUUGCCUGGCGAAAAGGGCCACAGGGGCGACCCUGGUCCUUCUGGCCCGCCGGGGCUCCCGGGAGAUGAUGGAGAAAGGGGUGACGACGGAGAAGUCGGGCCCAGAGGGCUGCCGGGGGAGCCGGGGCCACGUGGUCUGCUUGGGCCGAAGGGGCCCCCGGGCCCUCCAGGACCCCCAGGUGUGACGGGUAUGGACGGUCAACCAGGCCCCAAAGGAAGUGUGGGCCCCCAGGGAGAGCCUGGCCCCCCAGGACAGCAGGGCAACCCUGGUGCCCAGGGUCUUCCAGGCCCCCAGGGCGCCAUCGGUCCUCCGGGAGAUAAGGGUCCUUUGGGGAAGCCUGGCCUCCCAGGAAUGCCCGGCGCCGACGGACCCCCGGGGCACCCUGGCAAGGAAGGCCCCCCAGGAGAGAAAGGAGGCCAGGGUCCACCAGGCCCCCAGGGCCCCUUAGGAUACCCUGGCCCUCGAGGAGUCAAGGGGGCAGAUGGCAUCCGAGGCCUGAAGGGCACCAAAGGCGAGAAGGGUGAAGAUGGCUUCCCUGGAUUUAAAGGCGACAUGGGCAUCAAGGGUGAUCGGGGGGAGAUCGGCCCACCUGGUCCCAGGGGAGAAGAUGGCCCUGAAGGCCCAAAGGGCCGAGGUGGUCCCAAUGGUGACCCAGGUCCCCUGGGGCCCCCCGGGGAGAAGGGCAAACUCGGAGUCCCGGGGUUACCUGGGUACCCAGGAAGACAAGGGCCAAAGGGUUCCAUUGGAUUCCCGGGAUUCCCUGGCGCCAACGGAGAGAAGGGUGGCCGGGGCACUUCUGGGAAGCCCGGACCGCGGGGACAGCGUGGCCCGACGGGCCCAAGGGGUGAACGAGGCCCACGAGGCAUCACGGGGAAACCUGGCCCCAAGGGCAACUCUGGAGGUGAUGGCCCUGCCGGCCCUCCUGGUGAGCGGGGACCCAAUGGACCCCAAGGACCCACGGGCUUCCCUGGACCGAAGGGCCCCCCGGGUCCCCCAGGCAAAGAUGGGCUCCCCGGACACCCUGGACAGAGAGGCGAGACCGGCUUCCAAGGCAAGACUGGGCCCCCCGGCCCCCCAGGUGUGGUUGGCCCUCAGGGUCCCACGGGAGAAACAGGUCCGAUGGGCGAGCGUGGCCACCCUGGGCCCCCCGGCCCUCCUGGUGAACAGGGGCUCCCAGGCCUUGCCGGCAAGGAAGGGACGAAGGGUGACCCAGGCCCGGCCGGCCUCCCCGGGAAGGAUGGCCCUCCAGGCUUACGUGGCUUCCCUGGGGACCGAGGGCUCCCCGGCCCGGUGGGAGCCCUUGGGCUGAAAGGCAAUGAAGGUCCCCCUGGCCCCCCAGGCCCCGCGGGAUCACCGGGGGAGAGAGGCCCUGCUGGCGCUGCUGGGCCCAUUGGCAUUCCAGGGAGACCCGGACCUCAGGGACCACCAGGGCCAGCUGGAGAGAAAGGGGCCCCGGGUGAGAAAGGCCCCCAAGGCCCGGCUGGCCGAGAUGGGCUCCAGGGUCCCGUGGGGCUUCCGGGCCCAGCUGGCCCUGUGGGUCCCCCUGGUGAAGACGGAGAUAAGGGAGAGAUCGGAGAGCCGGGACAGAAAGGAAGCAAGGGAGACAAAGGCGAGCAGGGUCCCCCUGGGCCCACGGGUCCUCAAGGCCCCAUCGGACAGCCAGGCCCCUCUGGUGCAGACGGGGAGCCGGGCCCCCGUGGCCAGCAAGGCCUCUUCGGGCAGAAAGGGGACGAAGGUUCGAGAGGUUUCCCUGGGCCUCCAGGGCCAGUGGGACUGCAGGGCCUGCCGGGACCUGCGGGCGAGAAGGGCGAGACCGGAGACGUGGGCCAGAUGGGCCCGCCUGGUCCCCCUGGCCCCCGAGGACCUUCAGGAGCUCCAGGUGCUGAUGGGCCUCAGGGUCCUCCGGGUGGAAUCGGGAAUCCGGGCGCAGUGGGCGAGAAGGGGGAGCCUGGUGAAGCUGGAGAGCCUGGCCUUCCGGGAGAAGGAGGUCCUCUGGGACCUAAAGGAGAAAGAGGAGAAAAGGGCGAGGCCGGUCCCUCGGGAGCUGCCGGACCCCCUGGACCCAAAGGCCCUCCCGGAGAUGAUGGCCCCAAGGGCAGCCCUGGCCCUGUGGGUUUUCCUGGUGAUCCUGGCCCCCCUGGAGAGCCUGGCCCUACGGGUCAGGACGGUCCCCCUGGUGACAAAGGAGAUGACGGUGAACCUGGACAGACGGGAUCCCCCGGCCCCACUGGUGAGCCUGGUCCGUCCGGGCCCCCGGGAAAGCGGGGCCCCCCAGGUCCUGUGGGCCCCGAAGGCAGACAGGGAGAGAAAGGAGCCAAGGGAGAGGCAGGCUUGGAAGGCCCUCCUGGGAAGACUGGCCCCAUCGGCCCACAGGGGGCCCCCGGGAAGCCUGGGCCUGACGGCCUGCGCGGGAUCCCCGGCCCUGUGGGCGAGCAGGGUCUCCCCGGAUCCCCAGGCCCGGAUGGGCCACCCGGCCCCAUGGGUCCCCCAGGACUUCCUGGCCUCAAAGGAGACUCUGGACCCAAAGGUGAAAAGGGUCAUCCAGGCCUGAUUGGACUCAUCGGCCCACCUGGGGAACAGGGCGAAAAGGGCGACCGAGGUCUCCCCGGCCCCCAGGGCUCGUCUGGCCCGAAAGGAGAGCAGGGUAUCACUGGUCCUUCUGGCCCGAUCGGGCCCCCGGGACCCCCUGGCCUGCCGGGUCCACCAGGGCCUAAAGGUGCUAAAGGCUCCUCGGGUCCCACCGGCCCGAAGGGCGAGGCGGGCCAGCCAGGACUCCCCGGCCCCCCCGGCCCCCCAGGCGAGGUCAUCCAGCCCCUGCCCAUCCAGGCCUCGCGGAUGCGGAGGAACAUCGACGCCAGCCAGCUGCUGGACGAUGGGGCGGGCGAGAGCUACAUGGACUAUGCGGACGGCAUGGAGGAGAUCUUCGGCUCGCUGAACUCGCUGAAGUUGGAGAUCGAGCAGAUGAAGCGGCCGUUGGGCACUCAGCAGAACCCGGCGCGCACCUGCAAGGACCUGCAGCUCUGCCACCCUGACUUCCCGGACGGUGAAUACUGGGUGGACCCCAACCAGGGCUGCUCCCGGGACUCCUUCAAAGUCUACUGCAACUUCACGGCCGGAGGGUCAACCUGUGUCUUCCCCGACAAGAAGUCCGAGGGGAGUAAAAUGGCCCGCUGGCCCAAAGAGCGGCCCUCUACCUGGUAUAGUCAGUACAAGCGUGGCUCCCUGCUCUCCUACGUGGACGCAGAGGGCAACCCCGUGGGCGUGGUGCAGAUGACCUUCCUGAGGCUGCUCAGUGCCUCCGCUCACCAGAACAUCACCUACCACUGCUACCAGUCAGUGGCCUGGCAGGAUGCCGCCACGGGCAGCUAUGACAAGGCCAUGCGCUUCCUGGGCUCCAAUGACGAGGAGAUGUCUUAUGACAACAACCCCUACAUCCGCGCCCUGACAGACGGCUGCGCGGCCAGGAAAGGCUACCAGAAGACGGUGCUGGAGAUAGACACCCCCAAAGUGGAGCAGGUGCCCAUCGUGGACAUCAUGUUCAACGACUUCGGCGACGCGGCACAGAAAUUCGGAUUUGAAGUGGGGCAGGCUUGCUUCAUGGGCUAGGAGCCGCCGCAGCACCCUGGUCUCCCGAGCAACCUCAUGACCUCAGCACGCCCUUUGUGAGUGUCGUACAAGCGCUGUCACGCUGGGGACGGCAGUUUCUCGAGCCCCUCCCACAUGACUUUAUCUGCGCCCUGCACCCCGAGGUGCCCGACCGACCCUGCGCUCUGGAAAGAAGCCUGGGAGCGAGCCAACCCCCCUGGAGCCGAAUCACAUGACCUAGCGGGCCACACCCACAUUGCGUCUACACCACACACCACAGGGAGGAAGCCAGCUGCUGCCCUGGCCCCUCGCUCGCCGGAUCCGCUGCCGGACCGCAUGGUGGACAGUGGGCGGGGGUGGGGGUGGGGUGGCAGUAUUUGGGUAUCACUUCUUUUUAAUUCAACUUGAAGAUGUGUAUUUCCCCUGACCUUCAGAAAAUGUGCCAAGGCCAGCCUUGUAAAGGUCGCCAAAGCCUGUUUUUAACCACCCUCCACACGAUCCAUGUAGAGGCCAAAUGUCAUUCUGCGUGUGCCUUUCCGAUGGAUUAAAGGUGCUUAUGUUUUGUAAGUUUUAAGUAAAUAUUUGUAUUGUAUUGUUAUAAAUGUUAAGUGUGCCUGACUUUCAAUCGUGCGUGGAAACCCAGCCUCAGGACCCCGCAGGGAGGACGGCUGGAUGUGGUAACAGCGUCCACUCUGGGUGGACCCCAUUCUCUAGAAGCAGGAUGCCCCACCCUGCCCCACCCUGACAAGAAUAUGCAACAAGUUGGAAAUUUUCCCAGGUCCACAAGAAGCCAUGCUGCCCAAUAAAAGCAAGGCCAGACCCCUUUUCCAGGCCAGUUUUUUUUUUUCCAAUCUGGACUUUAAUUUUUUUUUUCCUAUGGGGAGGAAUCCGAUACUCUGCUCUCUGUAUGUGCACUUAGACUAAGAUGCAGGCUUCGGUGCAUUUUGCUUGCUUCCUUUUUCCAUUUUCCUUUCUGCAGAGCCCAGGCCCGGAACCACAUGUUGUGUAGAUGAUAAUUAAGUGAAACUUGGUGCUGAUUUUUUACACUUCUCUUGUGGUGCUAUGUCUGAAGAUCUCAUAGAAGGCAACAUGGGAUUGACUGGCCCUGCUCCUCCUCCGGGCCUCCUUCCCCUGGGUGCCAACUGGGAGCCGAGUCUUUGCCAAGGACCUCGUAAGAGCUGCCACCUCCCCUCCCAGCGGGCGUGGAGCCUCCCGGUGCUCGUUCUUGGCUGCGGGGAAUCUGCCCCCGAGUCCCGUCACCCGGCUCUGCGGACUUGAUCUGAACACACACACACGUGCAAAGGACCGACUGCGUCCUGCGUGGUGUGACCGUCGCAGAGUGUGUUCGUGGUACAGAUUUCUGUCUUGCAGACACUGAGCUGAAACCAUGCCGUGCCCCACAUGCCUUGUGCGCAGGUGGAGAAAUGUGCAAUGAACUCUGGGAGAUGCAGAAGCAAUUGGGUUUGUGCCUGCGGGUGUCCAGGACGCGGGCGUUGGCUGCUCUGGAGCUCAGACUGCUGCAGUUCCCACUGGGCCUCGCGUGGAUGGUGGACCCAGGCCGGCCAGCAGCCCCUGUACUGUGAAAUGUGCCCUCCUACCAGGCCCCUGCCUCCACCGUGGGGAGCGGGCGGAGCCCCGUGGGACGCACUUGCAGCGCCCCGGGAAUAACACCACCACCAAGGCUGACUCCCCACAUCUCCCCAGAAAACAAGUCGCACUCUUGCCAAAGAAAAGCCUGGCUCAGGGACUCUCGAGGCCAGGAUGCCCGCAGGCACCGUGACCGCUGUGUGCCUCUUCUUGCGCGAAAUGCUGGACGGGAGAACGGUCCUGCGAGGCCCUGUGGACUCGGCCUAGGUCAUGUGAUUCUGUUUCCCCUCCCCCACCAGAUUCAUCCUCCCAUUUGUCACCCUCUGUGGGUCCCCUCAAAGUCGUACCAAGUCCGAAAUGUGUCCUGUUCUCCCCCAGACCACUUUAGCUGCGGUAUAUUGCAAUAAAAUCACUUCUUGUA